UUCAAUCCGUUGGUGUGUCCACAAUCGUCCCCUCACCGAGUAAUCCCAAAAUAAUCCCUCCAAAUAUCCCGAUUAAAUCGCAAAACACAAUUAAAAUACACCUCCAACAAUCGUCAAACAAAUUGACGACUGAAUUUGCUGAAUUGAGUGGUGUCUGGUGGCCAUUAUUAAAGAUUGGUGGCUGAGUGUAGAGGUGGUGAGACGUAAAGAGAAACGUUGGAGAGGAGGAUAAGGCAAGGUGAGGUGUGCCCCCCUUGCGUCGAAACAGAAACGGCUCGUUGAGGAGGGCCGACGGGCGACGUACGGGAGAUGCAAGAACCCCCGACGGCACCAUCCACCACGAUGAAAAAUGAAGACCGCCCAGAGGAUUUCACCUGCAGGUCUCAUUGAACAAAGAUGAACAGUGACCAGCAUGCACUGCCAGCGACGACGCAGGCACAGCAAGAGGAAGUAAACACGGGUCAAAGUGGUCGUCCUUCUUAUCCAGUUGGUCUGACAUCUUCAUCGAGUGGAAAUGUAGGCACUACUGUUCCCCAUUCGUCGGCAGAUCUACGUGUAGGUACAGCAGUAGCAUUAGCAUCUUCAGUAGCUAAAUAUUGGGUCCUGACGAAUUUAUUUCCUGGACCGAUACCCCAGGUAUCAGUUUAUCAUCCACACCACAGUGCAACACACAGAAGUGGUACUGGUGGUAGUGAAGUACAGACAAGCAAAGAAACAACAAUAGCCCAGGAUAUGGCGUUAUCCUCAAAUUCACAUCAUCAAACAACGAGUUCAACGCAUCAUCAUCAAUCUACGGUUACCACUAGCAGUCAUCACAGCUCUUUACAGUCCCCCCAGAUACCAGUGUCUCUACCAGGCUUAACUCUGGACGGUUCACAUUUAUCAUCGAGCCAUCUCCAAGCUGCUCACGCACAGAUGCAACAGAUGAAUGCCCAACAGCAACAACAGUUACACCAGAGUCAGCAGGGACAGCAACAGUCACAUCAUCAAAUGCAGAAUCAUCAGAAUAGCAGCAGUGGUGGGGGCCAGGGCCAGUCUGGCCGAGAGGAGAAUAAAAUUAAGGAUGAGGGGGGGAGUUGUACGACUGAGAGGUGCAGUGAUAAUCAGGUGCACUGUCAGGUACAGUGUGAUCUACAACUCACUCAGCAACAGGAUUUACAACAGAGUAUGAUGCAGAAUCAGGGACAGAAUCAACAGUCCCAGCAGAUUGGGGUUAAUAUCAGUGGUAACUCGGGGGGUGAGGCUGGCAGCCAGAGUAAUUCGGAGAAGGGGGAGAAGAAGGAGGAGAUGAGACAGCUAAAUAUGACACAGUUCCAAGUCCCAGAGUUGAAACCAGGUGGUCACAUGAUGGACGUGAGAACAGCAGACGGUUCAGUAGUGAAAAUAAGUGCUGGAAAUGAACAAGAUCUUGCUAAAACCCUUGGCGUUGAGAUGGUGCAAAACAUGUACAAGGUCAACGUUGAGGACAUAAAUCAGCUGCUGGCUUACCACGAGGUGUUCGGCAAGCUCCAGAGUGAAAUAGCAGCAGGUACAACCCUGGUGGGUGGCACAGUACCAACUCAAACUGUUACUACCAUUCAGAAUGGCACGCCAAUUGUUCAACAAGUGCAAUUGAAUAAAUUCGAUAUUAAAACGAGUGAUGGUGAGGCAACACCAGGACCAAGUGCAUCGCCAGUAUCAGUUGGCAGUCAUGCGUGUGAAGUUUGUGGGAAAAUAUUUCAAUUCCGUUAUCAGUUGAUUGUGCACCGACGGUAUCACACGGAGAGAAAGCCCUUCACUUGUCAGGUGUGUGGAAAGGCUUUUACCAACGCAAAUGAUUUGACCAGACAUGGAAAGUGUCACCUGGGGGGUUCAAUGUUCACGUGCGCUGUAUGUUUCCAUGUAUUUGCCAAUGCCCCCUCAUUGGAGCGUCAUAUGAAACGUCAUGCCACUGAUAAACCCUAUAACUGCACUGUGUGUGGCAAGAGUUUUGCCAGAAAAGAGCAUUUGGAUAAUCACACACGGUGUCACACUGGAGAAACACCAUACAGGUGUCAAUACUGCGCCAAAACUUUCACCCGUAAGGAGCACAUGGUGAAUCACGUGAGAAAGCACACUGGCGAGACGCCCCAUCGAUGUGACAUAUGUAAGAAGAGUUUCACUCGAAAAGAACACUUUAUGAAUCACGUUAUGUGGCAUACCGGUGAGACACCCCAUCAUUGCCAAGUUUGUGGUAAAAAGUACACGAGGAAGGAGCAUCUGGCUAAUCACAUGCGUUCACACACUAAUGAUACACCAUUCAGGUGUGAAAUUUGUGGUAAGUCGUUCACGAGGAAGGAGCACUUCACGAACCACAUAAUGUGGCAUACUGGUGAGACACCGCAUCGUUGUGACUUCUGCUCCAAGACAUUUACAAGAAAGGAGCAUCUACUGAAUCACGUACGCCAGCACACGGGUGAGUCUCCACACCGAUGCGGCUUCUGCUCCAAAUCGUUCACCAGAAAGGAACACCUUGUUAACCACAUCCGCCAACACACAGGUGAGACGCCUUUCCGUUGCCAGUACUGUCCGAAAGCUUUUACGCGGAAGGACCAUCUGGUGAACCACGUCAGGCAGCACACGGGUGAGUCACCGCACAAGUGCCAGUAUUGCACUAAAUCUUUCACGCGGAAGGAACAUUUGACAAAUCACGUGCGUCAACACACAGGCGAAUCGCCACACCGAUGCCACUUCUGCUCCAAGUCAUUUACGCGUAAGGAGCACUUGACGAAUCAUGUACGAAUUCACACAGGGGAAUCACCGCACAGAUGUGAGUUUUGCCAGAGGACUUUCACGAGGAAGGAGCAUCUCAAUAAUCAUCUUAGGCAGCACACUGGAGAUUCAUCGCACUGUUGCAAUGUCUGCUCCAAGCCCUUCACGAGAAAGGAGCACCUGGUGAAUCACAUGCGUUGUCACACGGGUGAGCGUCCAUUCGUCUGCACAGAGUGCGGCAAGAGCUUCCCACUGAAAGGAAAUCUUCUCUUCCACAUGCGCUCCCACAAUAAGGGGAGCAAUGCCGAGCGUCCCUUCCGUUGUGAUCUUUGUCCAAAAGAUUUUAUGUGCAAAGGACACCUAGUGUCCCAUCGUCGUUCACACUCCGACGAACGACCACACAGCUGUCCAGACUGUGGCAAGACAUUCGUGGAGAAGGGCAACAUGCUGAGACACUUGAGAAAACACGCCACUGAGGGACCACCGACGCAAGUUAGCACACCAUCGGCUAUUCCGCAACCCGGUGUUUUACCUCUGCCCACAGCUGCUGCUGUACUUGUGGGACAUCCACUGGCACCACCAGCACCACCAGUUGUACCACAACACACCGUCGUCGUGCCGACACCACCGGGGGUUCUAACGUCCUACUGAACUUAGAUAUUUGGACCAAUUUAGAGAGGAACAGAAACAACUCAGUAGAAUAUCCACUUUUCAUUGAAUUGAGAUUUUGCAGGGGAUUUUUCCAUUUUUCGGGGACAAUAUUGAAGGAGUUUUUUUUAUUUCGAUUAAUGAUGAAACAAAGGAGUUGACGCCCAUUUGAUUUUUGUACAAUCAGCUAUAGCUUCUUCAUUAGUCAUCAUUGCUUGUAGUAAAAAAUACGUAUUCAAUGUUUUUAAUCCAAUUUCUGUACUUUAUCGUUUAUUUUCGAUACAUUUUUUCAUUGAAUUAUUUCAUUCAAUGAUGAUACAUGGAGAAGUUUGAAAGCUAGGUUUUUCCACUAAUUGGCUAUAACUUCUUCAUUUCUCAUCACUCCUUGUGAUAAAGAAAAAAUACGUAUUGUAUUUUUUCCCUCAAUUUUUAUAUUUCAUUGUUCAUUCUCAGUAGAUAAAUCUCACGUAACCACUCGAUUGUUCAUCGAAAGUCAACAUUUUCGUAGAAGUCUUGCAUGAAAUUCUUCAAUUGUUAAAAAUGAAAGUUGGGUGAUAAUUGAUAUUAAAUGCCUAAAUUUUCAUUUGAAAAGUUUGAGAAAUGAAAAAGUUUUGCGUUGAAUUGACUAUGGGCUAGUUGCACCCAGCCCUGUUAGCCAAAUAAAAAGUCGGAAUAAAUUCAGUAGUGAAGCGGUUAAACAAUUCAAGUCGACUUAGCUCUUAGCUGAGUUAUCGUUGAAUAUCUCCGA